UCGUGGAACAAGUACUCGUGUUUUUCAACGUUCAACCAGUUAGCGCGGAGAUCAGCCACUUGCAUGCAUUGAUAAGCGAUAAUGAAAUAGUAAGCAUUCGCUCGUUUCCUAUCAACGUAAUCCAAAAUGUAUUAGGCGAUAAAGUUUCCGAUUACUUUACCGUUACCCGUAGAUUACGUUUGGCACGUUUAUCUAGUGAUUUAUUACUUCAAUACGCUUCUCGUAUUGUUGUCAGCAGAACGUCAAGGCGCUAAUUUUUCUUCGUACGCGAUACAGCUUUGUUGUUACAACCUUGCACUCGAUAAGUUUAACUUAUAAGCAGUUUCGGACGUUGAGAAAUUCCAAUAACAAUGACAAUGUGGACAGUGGUCGUGUUCUCCGUGAUAUCGAUUUUGGUGCUGGUGAAAUCCGAUUUAACAUUGGAAAAUGUUUUGAGUGAAAGGAACACCUUGAUACAGAAGGAAAUGAACAUGAUGAUCGGAAGUGAUAUAAGCUUAGGUGAUACAGAGGAACAGGCGAAUGAAAUUAUAAUGAAAUUGAAAAGAACAGAACUAGACUACGGUUUCGCGAAUCCACAGUUCUUCAAUUUUUCCAAACAUUUUUUCGAAUACAAGGAUGAAGUGAAGAAAUCAACAUUAUACAAAAUUAUCAAACAAAUGCCUAAAGGUGCGGUGUUGCACGCCCACGAUACAGGUAUUUUAAGCCCCGAUUAUGUAUUAGCACUAACGUAUUGGCAAAAUUUGUACGUAUGUUUUGAAGAAAAUCAUUUGCAUUUAUUGUUUUCAAGCGAUGUACCGAAUGUGGAUUGUGCUACUCAAUGGCAGCUCAUGAAAAAUGCUCGAUAUUCCUCAGGAAAUAUUGAGAAAUUCGAUGCUGAGCUCAGAAAAUAUGUCACACUCCUAACCGAUAAACCCAAUGAAACAUAUAGCGAUAUAAAUUUGGUAUGGAGUAAAUUUGCUCUGUAUUUUAUUGUAAGUAAUUCUUUGUUUACAUACAAACCAGUUUGGGAACAAUACUUUUAUGAUACUUUAAAAGCUUUACGAGAAGAUAAUGUUAUGUAUCUCGAAAUAAGGAGCGUUCUGCCGAAGCUAUAUGAUAUUGAUGGUAAUGUUUUUGAUGAACUAGAAACAGUUCGAUCUUAUAAAAAGGUGCUGGAAAGCUUUAUGGAGGAUUAUCCUGAUUUCUUUGGAGCGAAACUUAUUUAUGCUCCGUUAAGAUCCGUAGAUUCAAAUAGGGUGAAUGGCUAUAUAAAAAUUGCAAAGAAAAUAAAGGAAGAAUUCCCUGAUUUCUUAGCAGGUUUCGAUUUAGUUGGGCAAGAAGAUUUAGGUACACCAACGAAAGAUUUCUUGAAAGAAUUGGUAAAGGAAAGUAAGACACUCGAUUAUUUCUUUCACGCUGGUGAAACAAAUUGGUACGGGACGAGUUCAGAUGAAAAUUUAUUUGAUGCAAUUGUUCUAAACGCUCGGCGGAUAGGUCAUGCUUUUGCUCUGAUAAAGCAUCCAGUGUUAAUAGAGGAAAUAAAAAAGAGAGAUAUCGCAAUAGAAGUGAAUGUUAUAUCAAAUGCAGUGUUAAAGUUAGUUGAGGAUGUUAGAAAUCAUCCAUUGGCUAGUUUUAUAGCUCAAGGACUGCCCGUUGUAAUAUCAAGUGAUGACCCAGGUUUAUGGGAAGCAGAUCCUUUAUCUCAUGACUUCUAUGUGACAUUCGUUGGCGUAGCUAGCAGGCACGCUGAUAUUAAACUUCUUAAGCAGUUAGCACUAAACUCUAUAUAUUAUAGCACGUAUAGAAAUAAAGAUAAAAUGGUAUACGAAUUCGAUAUGCGUUGGGCGAAGUUUGUACAAAAUGUAAUUAGGGAUCAUUGUAAAUAAAAUAAUAAACAAAGUUAAUAAAAAGCACGCUUUAAUGUUAGAGCCUCAGAGUCAACUAAAAUGUGUGACUUGCUUUUAUAAAGAGUGAUAUAAGCAAAGUAUGUAAUUAUGUAUUUUCGGCGAUUCUCAUCAGGAUAAUAAGAUAAACUCAUGAAAUUAUUGUAUUGUCACUCAGCCAUAAUAAAUGUACAAAGUUUAAAUAGAUUAAAGUGGGCCAACGACUAAUAAGUUGCCUAAAGCAAAUGAAAAAUCAAUAAAAUAAAAUAAAUACUAUCAAAGCGUGUUAAAAUGGGAUAUUGUAACAUAUUGUAUGGUAAUUAAUGAUAAGCUAUUGUAUACUAUUAUUACCUAAUAACUUAAUGAU